CCAAUUAUUUCUUAUGUUACAAAUCUCUUCCUGACACAUUUGUUGACAUUCGUGAUAGAUGUUGUGACUUGUCUUACACGAGAGAUAACUUUAAAAAAUGACGGACCAUAACACUGUUUUAGGGGUUGGCAUUGGCCUUUUCCUCAUAAUACUUGUUUGGGCAUUAAGCUUAUUUCUAUGUUUAGUAUUUUCCAGAUCGACAGGGGCAAUAUCGAAUGUUGGUAUUGUGAUGAUUCUAUUUGCUAUUCUGUUUUCUGUGAUAUUAUUGGUUCUACCAAGAGAAGAUUUUGAAGCCCCAACAACAAAGAAAUAUGAUUACUCAAUCAUCUUUCGAUCGGUGUUGAUUGCUGGAUGUUCUUUAUUCCUGGUGAUUGGAAUGGUUAUCUUCCUACUUUUACAUUUAAUGGAACCAAUCUACGCAAAACCAAUACGAAGACUUAAACUUACGUAGAUGUAUUGACACAUAUUGAGUGCUAGAAAACAAACCUUGUGCCAAGAUAAUUGUGAUAAAGAGAAAUAACUCAUGCUGAGAAAAAUCAGAAGACAGGAAAUAAAAUAAAAAUCUUGUGGUUCAGCUAAAAGACAAUGGGGAAAAAGAUUUAAAGUUGAUGAUUGUUUGAAUUUGUCAAUUGAACGUGUUUGAAUAAAACAGGGUUGAAAUUUGUAAUCUAUUGUUUGACAACUAUGAAUUUAAAGUGAUAUUAUGCCUGUCCAUGUGUAAAUGGUGAUGGACAGGUCAAAGUCGAAAUAACUUAAAGAUUUAGCCAUUAUUGUUUUCAAUUUUAUAGACUAGUUCACGUGUAUUAUCAAUAAAUUACAUGACUCAUAGAAAAUUCUAUAAAUAGCCUUCAGAGUGUAUUGUUACUUUUAAAUUGAUAAAAAGAGUAGGGAAGGCUUUUAUGCUGUAGGCAUUUGUUAUAUUUUAUCCUAAACAUUUUUCAUCAUAAAUUAUUUGUCAGUAAACAUUAUAUUUAAUAGCCAAAAGCCAAUUCAGCUGAACUCAACAGUGAAAAAGUGAGCAUAAUGUCACUUUUGGUAAGAAUAAACAACAUUCACCCCCUGUAAAUUGUAACCACAGUCUUGCAUUCCAGUGAAGGACUGAGCAGAGUUAUUCCUUUCAUCUAUCACCACAUUGCUAAGUCAAUGCCACAGAUUUAAUUUGGCAUCAAAAUAACUGGGAUAAUGUCCGAAUUGCAGUGCUGUGGCUUUAGGAAUGGGUUUUAUUACCUGACUGGUUUGAAAAUCUAAAUGUUCCUGCAGUUCCUCAGGGAAUGAGUGCAGUGCCAUGGUUACAAUUGACUUAUGCUAGCAAAUGUAUCAGAUUAUUUUCUUGUAGCUUUUAAUAGCUUAUGAAACACAGUUAAUGUGAAGAUUCUAUAAGUUGUAAAAUUGUUAAGCAAAACAGUUAAAUGUUGCUACAUUAUUUGUGUAUGAAACUUUGUGCUUUAAGAUGUUUGUUGUAAAAUGGUUUUAUUUUGAAUAAGAAAAUAUAUAAUGAAAAUCCUUUAAACAGAAAAAAGUGUAAGGGCAAAGAUUUAAAGGUAUUUUGUAAUUGUUUUUUCUUCAUUUCAUAUGUUACAAUUUGUAUAGAUAUAAAUAUGAUAAAGGUUUGUCAGAACUCUAUACAUAACACAUGAUAUUUGUUUCAAAAAGUACAAUUUUAAUGAUGGAAAUGAAUUGUUUCUAUAGUGAAUGUUAAAAUAGGAUGGAGAACUUAUAUUUUAUUAUUUCCAUUUUAUGCUCCGCAUUAUAAUUUUGGGGUGAUAUAGUUGUUGAUUUGCCUACCCUUACAUCAGUUGUACAUGUGACAAUGAUGUACUAUUCAUAUAACACCUAUAGCACUUAUUGACCAACAUCUUAAACAUGCACUGAAUACUACAUGUGACCUUGGUUGAGGUGUGAGGUCAAUUAGGGGUCAAGGUCAACGAGACUGAAAACAGAUGUUAGUAUUUACCAUCAUAGAGCAUUUGUUUAUUGACAUAUUUUGGUUGUUGAGUUGCACAUAUCUCUGCCCUUUAAGAAGUUUUUUUUUGAGCUCAUUGGGGGUAAAAGUCACUUAGCUUAAAAUAGGUUUUUGUGCUCCUAGAAGCAAAGAAAGUUAAAGAACCAUAAUGCUACCUAAAAAUGCUUGAUAAUUUCUUCAUUAGGAUAAAUGCGGAUAAAAAUUAUGAAUAAUGCUUGUCCAGAGUUUGACUCUAUUUCAUUGAAACUUCACACAGUUGAGGAAGUGCAGUGUUAAAGAAUCAGAAUUCUAUAUUAUUUAGUUUUUCAGCCUCUCACUUUAUAAUACUUAAUAAUGCUUAUCCCAGAGAGUUAUUUGGAAAGUAUUGAAUGCUUUAUUUUCACACAGUGAAAGAGAUUAGUGGUAUACUCAAACUUAUGGAUGGAGUAAGGGGUCAAGUUUACCAGCUCUCAUUCAGUGCUAUAAAAAUGUUAUGGAUAUUACUCUUUUAAAUUAUUUAUGUAUGAUUUUAUCUCAAAUGUUUAAUAUAGAUGUUAAUUUAUUAAUAUUUGUUAAUAACUUAGCUUAUAGAAAUAUUGCAGUAAACAUUGAAAUCUAUAA